UCAAACAGGGCCUAAACCGCACUGGGAAUGAGAUGAGAUCCCAACAAUGGCGACGGCGCCGUGAGUAGUCGUGUGGUGCUGACUUCUGAUAUGCCACCGGCUUCACCGCCGCCGCCGCCGCCACAGCGUCCUUCUCUUUCAUCUCCGCGCAAACACCUCGCAUGGCGGCUUCCCAACCUCUGCCGACCUCCUCGGCCACUCCCGCCGCGCUUCUGGCGCACCUCUCCGCCGCCCUCUCCGCCCCAAACUGGUACCUACACCCCUCCCUGCCGCAUCUCCCUGUUCUCCUUGCUCCGUCCCUCCCCCAGAUGCCCGACGUCCCACUCCCGGUUCGUCUCGCCGCCGCGACCGCCCGCGCCGCGGCGCCCUCCCGCCAUCUUCUCAGCCUUUCCCUCCCAAUCCUCUUCCGCCUCCACUCCCUCUCCCCGUCCCCGCUCCGCCCCCUCUUCGACCGCUCCUUCGGCUCUCUCCUCACCCACCUCUCCCGCUUCGCACUCACCCCGCUCAUCCUCCGCCUCUUCGCUCACAUGCAUCUCCACUCGCCGCCUGCCCCCACGGGCGUCACUUACAAUAUCCUCAUCCGCUCCCUCUGCCGCAGAGCCGACCUGCCCCGCGCCCUCCGGUACCUCAGCCUCAUGGUCCUCUCUGGCUGGCACCCCGACGCCUACACAUUCAACUCCUUGAUCGUGGGCUACUCCCGCACCCACCAGACCGACGCUGCUCGUGAUCUGUUCGAUAAAAUGCCUUUGAGAGGAUUCCCGCGGGACGUGGUAUCCUAUGCUGCAAUGAUUGAGGGGUUAUGCGAGACGGGGAGGAUUGAUGAGGCAUUGGACUUGUUCACGAAGAUGGAGCUGUCGGACAUGCAUACAUAUGCGGUCUUGGUGAAGGGGCUGUGUAAAGCAGGGCGGGGGGAGGAGGCGCUCCAGAUGCUGCAGAGGAUGAAGAAGUUGGGGUGGCGGCCAAGUACUUGCGCUUAUGCGGCCGUGAUUGAUUUAUGGUGUAGGGAGCAAAGGGUUGUGGAGGCUGAGGAAAUGCUGGAGGAGAUGUCUGACAAAGGGUUGGUGCCAUCUGUUGUUACAUGCACCGCGGUGGUCAAUAGGUAUUGUAAGGAGGGGAGGAUGAGUGAUGCGGUGAGGGUGUUUGAGACGAUGAAGUUGAGGUGGUGCAAGCCGAACGUGUGGACAUACAAUGCACUGGUGUGGGGGUUCUGCAAGGAGGGUAAGGUGCACAAUGCAAUGGCUUUGUUGAAUCGGAUGAGAGCACAUGGAGUAGAACCAGAUGUUGUGACAUACAAUUUGUUAAUUCGGGCCCAAUGUGUUUAUGGGCAUAUAGAGAAUGCUUUCCGGCUACUUCGUUUGAUGGAAGGAGAUGGUUUAGCUGCUGAUAUAUACACUUACAAUGCGUUGGUGGAUGCUCUCUGCAAGAAUGGGAGGAUCGAUCAAGCUUGCUCCCUUUUUGAUAGCCUUGAAGGGAGAGGCAUAAAACCUAAUUUGGUGACAUUCAAUUCAUUGAUAGGCGGGUUAUGCAAAUGUGAUCAAGUUGAUGUUGCAUGGUCAUUACUGGAAAAGAUGGUCUCAGCUGGUUGCACGCCGGAUACCUAUACAUACAGUCCGUUCAUCGAAUACCUAUGCAAGAUGAAGGGAUCACAAGAGGGUUUGUCCUUUAUAGAUGAGAUGCUAAAAAAGAGUGUUAAGCUCACGACGAUCAACUAUACCAUUGUAAUUGACAAGCUAUUCAAGGAGAGAAACUAUGGAUUGGCCACAAAAAUCUGGGGUCAAAUGGUUUCACUGGGUUGCAAUCCUGAUGCAGUUACUUAUACCACAUCUAUGCGUGCUUAUUGCAAUGAAGGAAGACUCAUUGAAGCCAAAAAUGUUGUGAGUGAGAUGAACAGAAGUGCGGUCACUGUAGAUACAAUUGCGUAUAACACGUUGAUGGACGGGCAUGCAAGUAUUGGACAGACAGAUUGCGCAGUCUCAAUCUUGAAGCAUAUGAAAAAUGUUGCUUCUAUGCCAAACCAGUUUACUUAUUUGAUCUUGCUUAGACAUCUUGUACAAAGGAGGCUAGCAGAAGGUGUGCCUUUGUAUGUAGCUGGUUUAUGGAAGACCACCAGGCUUACUGAUAUCUUUGAAUUGUUUGAGAUAAUGAAGAAGAAUGAUAUUAUUCCUAACACGGAUACUUAUUCUGCAAUUCUGGAGAGGUUCUCUGAAGAUGGAAGAUCGAAAGAGGUGACAUCAUUGGUUUCUCGUAUGAAAGAUGAUAAUCUGUCUUUGAAUGAGGACAUCUACACUGCUCUUGUUAUGUGUUUAUGCAAAUCAAGACAGUAUUCCGAUGCAUGGGCGUUGCUUCACUCCAUGAUUGGUUGUGGUUUUGUACCACAACUGAUGUCCUAUCAGCACCUGCUUUGCGGGCUUAUUAGUGAAGGACAAGCUCAUAUGGCUGAAGAAAUUUUUGGGAACUGUAGAUGGGAAGACUACAAUCCUGAUGAAAUUGUGUGGAAAGUAAUUAUUGAUGGCCUGAUAAGAAACGGUCAUUCAGAUAUAUGCCGUGACAUGGUAUCCAAAUUAGAGCAGAGGAACUGCAGACCAAGUAAUCAAACAUAUGCAAUGUUGGCAGAAGAAUUGUCUACCAGGGGAUAAUAUACUGCUACAUUCACCAGGCGUGCAACACCGCUGAGCAAAGUUUCCAUCAGCAGUGUAAAAUGCGCCCAAUCAGAGGCUUGUACCCACACAUGAUGUAUCCUACUAGACACCGGAGUUACAUAUUACAUGGAUCAUUCAACA